AUGCGCGCUCAGAACUAAAGAGAAGUAAGCCCUAGCAAGCUACAGACCUUCCCAGCUAAAAAACAGCCCUUACCAAAGUUUGUUAGCAAUGCCACAAUAAAUAACUAGAGUAAAAAUGCUGCUCCUUCUGGAGCAAAUGCUAAUAAACCUCAAGGCAAUCAGAACUAGCAUCAAAAUAACAAUGAAAAUGAUGACUUGCAUAUGGCUCUCAAAUCAUGUAAUGAAAUCGGGUCUGCUAAAACUCUGUACUGUUUCCUGAUUGACCUUAAUAAGAUGUCAGAUGCCAUCCCUUCUAAAAGAAAUUUAGAAAUGAUGCAAACUGAGAAAUCUUUCCUUUUUUUCUGUCAUAAUGUCGUGCUCUGUACUGAGUCUUCAUAUAAUGAAAAUGUACUGCACAAUCUUGUGAAGUAAGAAUUUAAGCUUGAGUUCAAGAACUCCUACAUUGAUUUGAUAUCAAAGGUCAUUAAGGAUAUUCUGAUUGAAAUAGAAGAGAAACCUUAGAAGAUGGAUAAAAAUGAUAAGCCAAAUAAACUGCAGACAUUCGGAUAUAAACUAGUGAAGCCAGAUAGCUAUUAGCAGCAUAAUCAAAACAUCAAUAAUCAAGGAGAUAAUAAAAACUAUCAAGUCAAAUGUGACUACAUCAACUUGAAUAAGCAAUGUAUGAUAACAAAGAAUUGGGAGAGAGUAUAUUUACUGCUUGGUGAUACCUUAUUCAUGCAUGUUUACAAAGAAUACAUGAUCUUCUUAAAAACAAGAGACGACUCACUGGUUUAAAUUAGUGGUACUAAUAUUUUCAGUUAUCUUAAUGAGAAAUUCGGGAAACUGCAAAAUGCCUUUUACGAUGGUCCUAAUAAGAAUGCCUAGAAUGCUGCUAACCCAGAUAACCCCGAGCACAAAGUUUUAGAUAAGGCUAUUAGAAUGAAAAAGACUCACAAGUAUAACUUAAAGGGAGCAGAUGAUCAGUACACUCUGAACUAGGAAAAGCUAUACAUGGAUGAUAUUGUGAAGAGAAACCGUCUAUUCUAUUGCGCUCAUCAGAACAGAAAGAGCAAGUUUUUCUAAAAGCAUAAGCUGAACUAAAAGCACCCAGUUGAAAAGAUCAGAGAUGAUAUAUACUAGGAAGUGUUUGGCUUUAAUAGAAUGAGAAAAGAUUUGAAGAAGAAUGUGCUGGAAAUCAUUGAGCAUGUGAUUAUCAAUCAGAAGAAAUUUGACUACAAAUACUAUCUAUCCAAAAACUGUCCACUUCCUGAUAACUGGAAAAACCUCAAGAAGUCAUAUCUAGAGGAUGCAGCUAACAAUGAGCUCAGAGGACAAGUAUAUAAAUAGCUUUUCGAAUACUAGUAAGACCAAAGACAAAUUGCUAAUUUCUUAACAGAGUUCGUGGCUAAUGUAUUCCCUAGAGACUUCCUUGAAGGCAAAAAUAAGAAAAUAUUCAAUAAGAAAAUGCUGCAGUUUGUUAAAUUUAAUAGAUUCGAAUCCUUCACAAAGAUAUCAUUGCUUAAAAACUUCAGAUUAAAUGAGAUAAAGUGGUUGUCAUUUAAAGCCAAAGAUGAAAAUGUUAAAUACUUUGUGAAUGAAAAUGAAUUUGUUGGCUUUAAGCUUCUUAAAUGGGUAUUUGAAGAUUUAGCUAUAUCACUUAUGAGAUGCUUCUUCUAUUGCACUGAGAAGUAAAAAGAGUAUCAGAGAAUCUUUUACUAUAGAAAAAAUAUUUGGAAUAUCAUAAUGAAGCUAUCAAUUGAAGAUUUGUUAAAGCAAACCUUAAAGGAGGUAGAGAAAAGGGAGAUGCAAUCGUUCUGCGAAUCUUAAAAUUUUGCUCCAGGCAAACUUAGACUUAUUCCAAAAGGUGAUACAUUCAGGCCCAUUAUGACUUUCAAUAGAAAGAUACCAAAUUAGAUGGGUAGAUUUUCUAAUAGAAUGACGACUAACAUGAAGUUACAAACCUCGCAUAUGAUGUUAAAGAAUCUAAAGAGUAAGAUGUUUAAGCAUAGCUUUGGUUUCCCAGUCUUCAACUACGAUGACAUCAUGAAAAGAUAUGAAGCCUUUGUGACCAAGUGGAAUCAAGUUAAGAGGCCUAAGCUUUACUUUGUAGCUAUGGAUAUUGAGAAGUGCUAUGAUAACGUAGACUGUGAAAGGGUAGUUAACUUCCUAUAGAAAUCUGAUCUGCUAGAUAAAGAGUACUUUAUCCUAAAUACAUUCGUACUUAAAAGAAAGAAUAACAUUAUAGUUGAGCGUUCUAACUUCAAAAAAGUGCCUAUCAAACAAUACUUCAGAUAUAAGUUCUAGAAGAUUGGCAUUGAUGGUAGUUCCUAUCCUUCAUUAUUUGAAAUACUAGAGGACGAGUUCAAUGAUCUUAAUAUAAAGAGGACUAUUAUAGUGGAGUAAGAGCAAAGAAAGAAAUUCCCAAAGCAAGAUUUACUUAAUCCAGUAGUUAAAAUGUGCCAAAAUAACUAUAUUACUUUCAACAAGAAGCAAUACAAAUAAAUGAAAGGUAUUCCUUAAGGUCUCUGCGUUUCUUAUAUUCUCUCAUCUUUCUAUUAUGCCAAUCUUGAAGAAAAUGCACUCUAAUUUCUAAGAAAGGAAAGCAUGGACCCAGCCAAGCCAGAAAUCAAUUUGCUGAUGAGACUUACUGAUGAUUAUCUUUUAAUGACAACUGAGAAAAAUAAUGCAAUGCUUUUCAUUGAGAAACUGUAUCAGCUAUCAAUGGGUAACUACUUUAAGUUUAAUAUGAAGAAACUUAAGACUAAUUUUGUUUUGAAUCUACAAAAAAUAGGCUGUACAAACACUACUUAGGAUCUAGCCUCAAUUGAUGAGGAACUUUUUAACUGGAUUGGUAUUUCUAUAGACACUAACAACCUGAACAUCAUUCAAAAUAUUAACAUAAAGAAGGAGGGUAUCUUGUGUACCUUGAAUGUUAACAUGCAGACUAAGGAAUCAAUACUCUGGCUUAAGAGAAAACUUAAGUCUUUCAUGAUGAACAACAUUAGUUUCUAUUUUAAGUCUACUAUUAACACCUAGGAGUAUGCUAAGAUUACCCUUAAUAAGCUAUUUAUUGCAGCUGCUGAGAAGUAUGUUGCCUGUUGUUUAGACUUUAAGAGAUUCCAUUAGGCAACUUCAAUAGUGAGUUUAGUUGACAUCAAGAUCAUCUAAAUAGUCUAUGUGGUUAUUAGGUCCUUCUUCAAAUACUUGGUCUGCAAUGUUAAAUCACCAGUGUUCUAAAGAGACGAUUACCAGCAGUUCUUUUAAUACAGUCUUAAAUUCUUCACUUUAAGGUUCGGUUAGUCCAAGAAUGAGUUCAGAGGAGUGUAUAAAAUACUCAAAGCCAAAGAGAAAAAGCUAGAAUCAAAUAAGAUAGAGUUCAGAAUUCAGUGA